CAGACGGAGGAUAUAAAGACAAAGACGUUUAACCGGUUUGUUCUCACACAGAACACACAACAUUGAAGAUGACUGUGUCGUACACACUGGAGGUAGCAAACGCUCGUUUCGCUGGAUUUACUAAACUUCUGUUCCGAUGGAAGGGCAGCAUUUACAAACUACUCUAUAAAGAGUUCCUCAUCUUCUGUUUCCUGUAUAGUCUCUUCAGUGUCAUAUACAGGUGUGUGUUAAGUGAAGUUCAGCAGGAGCUUUUUGAGAGAGCUGCACGUCACUGUAAUAAAUUUGCUAAACUCAUUCCCAUGUCAUUUGUUCUCGGCUUUUAUAUCUCAACAGCAUUCCAGCGUUGGUGGGGUCAGUACACCAGUUUUCCUCUUCCUGAUAAUCUGAUGAUGGUGGUUUCAGGGAAUGUGCACGGUGUAGAUGAACAUGGCCGGAUGAUGAGGCGUACACUCAUGAGGUACGCUAACCUGUCGUCCGUCCUCAUCCUGCGCUCCAUCAGCACACGUGUACGCAAGCGCUUCCGCACACUGGAGGACAUCGUGGAGGCAGGAUUUAUGACUGAGGAGGAGUUAAAGGCUCUGAAUCAUCUGAACUCAGACUUUAAUAAAUACUGGAUGCCGCUGACGUGGUUCACUAAUUUAGCCUCAAGAGCAAGAGAAGAGGGACGUGUGAAAGAUGACAUCGCUCUUAGACUGCUGAUGGAUGAGCUGAAUAAUUAUAGAGCAAAGUGCAGCAUGCUCUUUCACUACGACUGGAUUAGCAUCCCGCUGGUCUACACUCAGGUGGUUACGAUAGCCGUGUACUCCUUCUUCACUUUCUGUUUGAUCGGACGGCAGUUUGUGAGGCCUGAGCGAGCAGAUGAUCUGAAGGUCCAUGUGGAUUUGUAUGUCCCUGUCUUCACUCUGCUCGAGUUCUUCUUCUAUGUCGGCUGGCUGAAGGUCGGGGAGUUGAUCAUCAACCCGUUUGGUGAGGAUGAUGAUGAUUUUGAGACGAAUCAGCUGAUCGAUCGUAACAUUCAGGUGUCGAUGCUCGCUGUGGACGACAUGCACAGAAACCUUCCUCCUCUUCAGAAGGAUAAAUACUGGACAGAUAAAGGUCCGAGUCGCUCGUUCACUGCAGCGCGGUCCAUCUUCAUGGGCUCCACAUACGACAUGAGGGUGACUGAUGAGGACAUGGAGGAGGUCAUGGAGGAGAACUGGAGGUUUCCGGUCAGUGUUUGGCCUCCAGCUGCACAGAAACAGAAGAAAAGCAGAGGAACAAAACGACUCUGUUACUGCCGCCGUAAACACACAUCUGAUGAGACGACGUGUGACAGAGAAGCUGAGAUAAUCGACAUGAUCCCAAAUAAAACACACUCUCCAGAGCAGCAUGAGGACACGACGCAGACACAGCGUGUGUUGGAUUUAGAGCAGUGUGAUGAAGUUCAGACCACUGAGAGAAGAGACGUCAUAAUUACCUGAAGAGACAGAAUAAACCCUGCACCUCACUCAUGCUGCUCCAUAACCUACUUCACCCUGCAGGUUCAUCUCACUGCAGGAACCACAGAGGAACAUUUACAUGAUGUGUCUCGUAUAAAAUCUUGUCAUAAACCCAUGUGCUAAUUAUAAAUAUAGAUUCAGAGGCGUUUAUAAACCAGAUUAAAUUCACAUCUGGAUUUCUGCACAGCUGCAUGGCGACCGAAUUGUGAGGUCUGUGAUUAAAUCACCGUGAGGUCUGACAAUUAAAUCACCAUCACAUUUAGAAACUAAGACUUCGGUCUAGAUUUUAAGAUUAAUCCUAAAGACACUUGGACUUGAGUUUUUCAGUGCAGAGCUGAAGCUGAAUCUCUCACACUGAUGUUUUACAGCAUUUACACAUUAAAAAUGUAAUAAACAGGUUGAGGUUUUAAACUAACAUUUUAAAAUUAAUUUGAAACUUUAAUUGUAUGUUUUCAUUUAUAUUCUCUUAUAUACAUGUUUUUUUGUUUCUAAACUUCUGUAAAGCUGCUUUGAAACAAUGAGAAUUAUUAAAAAGCUUGAUACAAAUAAAAUGAAUUUGAAACAGGGAUCAGUGACUUUUUAGGAGCAC